UUUAUUGAUUAUAACAUAAGAAAUUUAAUUUAAAAGAUGUCCAGAUUUAUUCUUUUAUGUUUUAUUUUAUUGUUUUUAUAUCAGGUUACGUGUUUUUCCACAAAUGACGACGACGAAAAAAAUGAGAAACCUCGAAAGUCAAAAUUUUUCGAUUUUAUUAGUGAUAUAAACCAUAUCAAAUUCGAUUUUAUGAAAAUACUGAAUAUUAAAAAUAUUGGAGAAAUAACAACAGAUGAUGCUGUGUUUUAUUUUCAUAAAAUGCACGAUUACGAUGGAAAUAAUAAGUUAGAUGGUAUCGAAUUAUAUCAAUCUUUUCGUCAUUCGUGGCCUAAUUCCGAAAAUAAAUUAAUUAGUAAUGAAAACGAAAUAUCAGAAUUAAUCGAUUCUUUCCUACAUUUUGACGAAAAUAACGAUGGAAUGUUAACUUACGCAGAAUAUAAGAAAAAAUGGAUUUCUACAAACAACUAUAAUUAAAUAAAUAAGAUUUUAAAAAUG